CCCGCCUGGAUGGUGCCGCCGCCGCCGCCGCCGCCGUUCGCUCCGCACAACAAGUUACCAGCCCUUCCGAAAGGAGGAAGAAGGCUCCAAGCUUGAUAUAGAAGACUAUCAUACCCAGAGAGGGUAACUGAAACGAAAGAAAUUACUCCAGCAUCAAGCUAAAGACACGCCUUAAAGGAUGAGGAGGAGCAGAAAUCUUACCAGCAAGGCCAGAAAGAAGCUGUGCACGAACAGCGUCUACUUUAGGAUCAGAAGGAAAAGAAGUUUACAGGAGACAAUCACUCUUAUAGUCUUCCAUGGUCACAAACAAGAAGUCCCUGGAUCUAUAGAAAUGAAAGAAUCAGAGCAUUACAACAGAAUGAAUCCUGGAAUGGGAAUGGAUUUGUGGCACAGUUGGGAAGCAUCCUGGCCACGCCAUGUUAAAGUUGCCUCCAAAGCAGUGAUUCUUACCCUUGGCUACACAUUGGAAUCAUUUGGGAAGCUGGAAAAAAAAAACAAUGCGCAGGACCUGGGCAAGAUGGCUGAAUAAGAACAGCUCUGGUCUGCAGCUCCCAGCAAGAUCAACACAGAAGGGAAGCUGGUCAGCCUGGGCCCUUGGAGAUUGUAUCUGGUGCUGAAGAGGACCGGCUCCCACAGUCAGUGAGGAAGGAAUUUUACUGACCCAGCACCCAGAUGAACUUUGGUGAGGAGAGGAGGUGAGGAGGUCAAGGAGCCUUGCUUUUUCUUUUUUUUUUAAUUUUUAAAUUUUUUAUUUUUUUCCACCACACC